AUGCAAGAACUUGGCUCUGACUUUUUCUUCGUGUCUUGGCACAAGCCUCAUACCAAACUUACUCAUUCGCAAACAAAAUCAAAUAGGCGAAUAACUCCUCCAUUAAACCUGCAAACUAAAAUUACAGGUUGUGAGAGAAUCCGAACAAGUGAGGGUCAGCUGGAAGAGGUUGGUGAGCGUAAAGCCGUGUUUGUUUUUCUCUUGUCAAUACGUCUAAAAACAAAACAACAACAAUUCCUGUUCCUGCCAGAAAGAGAAUUUAGACUUCAGAACAGCAUCAUGUCUUUGCGAGCCUUGAGGAAACUCCAGGGCGGGCGAGGGGAGCUUGAUUUCCCAAACAACGUCUCAGAGGAAGAAGAGGAGGAGGAGGAGGAGACCCAAAAUGAGGGCCCCAAAGACGUCCCCAUCGUGGCCUCCAAAGGGCAAAAUAGGUUUGAAAUGCUGCUGCAAGGCUCUCCCUCGGAAUCUGAGGUGAAGGAAGAUGACGACCUAACAGAGACCGGCGACGGCAGGGAAGAAGGGAGGCAGAAUGGCACAUCCCCCCAGCCGCCAGUUGCCUCGGGUGCGCGGCGGAAACGCAAGAAGAAGAAGAAGAAAGGGAGGCCCAAGUUUCCAGCCAGCAGUGAAGAUCAGAUGGAUAAUGAUGAUGUGGACGACAUAGACUCGAUCAUUCAAGAAGUGAAUGCUAUCACGGGUGAAACUGGAGUUCAAGUACGGGUUGAGAAGACCACGGCAGUUGAGAAGAAUUCCCGCAAUCUCUUGAUGGUGGAACACAAACAUCUAAAUCCUCAGAACGAGAUGAAGAGGAUAUUUGGCUCCCGCGUUGUCCAGGCAAAUGAAAACAAGCGCCGUGGAAGACCGAGCAGAUCAGGUCGUUCCACGUGGAUUGUUCAGGGUCAGCCUCAGUGGUCACAGCAUCAAAAGCCUGGGAUAUCCAUGGUGCUCGUGGACUCGGACACUCCCUACCCAGUAUUUAAGUAUGUUCAUAGCACGGCCUAUCAACAGUUCCAGUUCAAAUUCCUAGAAGCUGUUGAGUCCUUAAACCCCGAAAAUAUAAUGACACUGCUCAAUCUUGAACCCUUCCACGUGGAUACGCUUCUCCAAGUCUCUGAGAUCUUCCGGUUAGGUGAUGACUCUGCAAUGGCUGCAAUGUUGAUUGAGAGAGCCCUGUAUGUCUUGGAAUCUUCUAGCCAUCCAAUGUUUAAUAUUGCUACUGGGGCUUGUAGGCUUCAGUAUCGGCAGCAAGAAAACAGGAGUUUUUUCAUAGCCCUAUUUAGACAUAUCUUAAACGUGGGCCGGAAAGGGUGUUACCGCACAGCCCUUGAGCUCUGUAAGUUGCUCCUCAACCUCUCCCCUGAUGAUGACCCACUGGCUGUCUCCCUCAUGCUUGACUUUUACGCCCUUCGAGCACAGGAAUACAGCUGGCUUGUUGCUCUUUACGACCUCUACGAACCCACCAAAAAUCUAUCUAUGUUGCCCAGUUUCUCGUUCUCUGUUCCUCUGGCCUUGUUCCAUUUAAGUGAAGGAGUCAACCAUCCUGUAGGGGGAGAUAAGAGAGACACCAACAGAGCCGCAUUUCUUGCUGGAGAUCUAGGAACACGAGAGCAAAUGAGAGAGAGGGCUGACACCAUGCUGCAGCGCGCGUUGAUCAUGUUCCCAGGGGUGCUGAUGCCGCUGCUCGACAAGUGUAGUAUUCAGCCAGACCCUGUUGUUGCUAGUCAUCCCUUCUUUGGCCCCACUGCACAGGAUGAGCAGAGCAAAGGGCUCAGUCAGAUAGCCAACUUGUACUGUGGAAGAAACUACCAUGUGUGGAAAGAGGCAGGAGUCAUGUCUUGGUUGGAAGAAAAUGUUAAAAUAGUAUUGGAACGUGUGGACAAGGAGGACCCAUUAGUCAAGGAAGGACAAGAGAUGCGCAAAGUUAGAUACCAGGGAACACCAAUGGCUAUCUAUAGACAUAUUAUUUUAGCUGAGAUCAAGGAUGCAACGGCCUCGCUGCCUCCAGCUCUCGCAAACACCCCAGUUAUGAGUUUCGACCCCUUGCCGCCUCCCGACUCCAUCUGCGGCUACAGUCGGCCCAUAGUGUCCGGUCAGCAGAACGCGGCCUCGUCUAACAUCCUGGCAUCUUUCUUUCGAUCUCUCUUGCCCAACUACAACCCUAAUGCGCCGGAUGCAGCGGAGAAUGCAGAAGGAGCGGCUGCACUGGACGAAGCUGUGGGAGGAGCAGAUGGCGAGGAUGGGGAGAACCGAGGGAUGGGGGGUGACCUGCGGGCGUCGGUGAACACUCUGCUCUUCGCAAUGAGAGAUCUGCUGUCGAACAUGCACCUGCCCGAGCCACAGGUCAACGACGCUGAUCAGUCAGAAGACGAGAAUCACGAGUGGGAUUAAUUGACGAUGUGAGAUGGAAGGGAAGGGUUGGGGGCGGGUUUGUUAUUGUUGCAGGAUGUCUCAUGAUGGGAAUUCACUUGUUUUUCUCUCUUUUUUUUUACAUUUUCUUAGUAGGGUAUUUUUUUUUGGGGGGGAGGGGACAGUUGUUUAUAUGUAAGGUAUUCUCUUCAUUUGGUCUUUUCCUCUUGUGAAUGAAAAUGAUUAUUUAUAUUGUAUGAUGUGAUUUUUUGGAUUUUGAUUGAGAUUCACUUUAAAUUCUGUAUUAAGUUAGGACCAAAAGUUAAUCCAGAAUGCAUGACAUAUGCUUCAUUUUCAGUUGUAUAACAUAUGAGCUAAAGAGACAUGAAAUUAGUGCAUACUUUUGACCUAAUGUGAUGUAUCAGACUAAUGCAUAUUGUUUUCAAGUGCUGAACUGGAAGGCAUGAAUUAUUUUAGAUGGGUUUUGGUAUAUUCAGUUUCUAAGAUGGUACAACUUUAAAGGAAUGUUGUGGUGUCUGAUAGUAUGUGUAUGAAAUGUUGUAGGUAGAUUGCACUGUCCAUCUCUUUUUCAUAUAUAGGCCUUGCUUGAACGUACAUAUGGUUUAUACGUAGAGUGAUAUAAAAUGCGUAGUUCAAGCUUCCUACCUGUUCAUCCUUCAGUUGUUAUUCAGGCGUUAGAUAGUGUAAUUUAACAUUAUUAACAUUGUUUGCUCCAUUAAAGUCAGCCGUGUUUAGGGAUGGACAGCUGAAAACCACAACAGAGAAGGGUAUUAAGAAGAACAAACCCCCCUGUGUGUUACAACUUCCCAGCCUUAUGCCAGCUCUCAGAACUGCAUAGCUAGACCAGACACAUGGCAAAAUUUUAAUAACAGUGUAUGCUUGAAAGGAGAAAUCUGUAAUGAGAAAAAAGGACAAAAAAACAAGAUUGUGCUUAUUUAAACCUAAACUGAAUUGGAAUGGGAAAGAUUGACUUUUUCAGUAUGUGUGCAGUAAUUUGGCAGUGUGAGAGGCAGCUUCUUAAAAUUUGCUAAUAUCCCCCUAAUGUACUUUAUAAACUACCAAAAAUACACACUGUAUAAAUGUCUGAUGGCACAUAAUGAACCGAGCUGGCACUUAUGUAUGAUACAAAUGAUAAUUCUGUGUACAAAGGAUCAUGGUUAGUAGUAAUGACAAGGCUUUCAGCUCAUUGCAUAAUAGAAUAGAAUUUUCUUGCUGUGUAUUCAUUAUAUAGUAUGUGAUUGUAGACGGAUAUCCUGUAGAUGCUGACAUUUUUGUUUACGUCAUUACACGCCAUAAGGAAUGAGAAGUACCUCUUUUGUGCAGGAUUUUACUGAUGAAUUUUACACCAAAGGAGACAUAUUUUGAAAUAAGUGAUGCCUUACUAUCCAUAAUUCUGAGCUUGAUAAAUGGUUAAUGAAACUACAAAAAAUAGGUCUCAUCUGCUGUCUCAUGCAAGGUAUUUAUGCUACUUGAUCAGGGCUUAAAUAUUACAGUAUUAAAAAUGAAAAACCAGAAGUGAAUAUUUGUCAGAAUUAUUUGUCUGUGCUGCUCCAUACUUCUGUCUAUCCACCACCACCUCUGAUGUGUUGUAUCUUCAUAUUAUCAAAUAUUCAUGCUGGAUAGAGUUGGCCUCCAAACAUCCUUUUGCCUGUAACCUUUCCUCCUCUUCCACAAGGUGCUCAAGCAAUCUGCUCAUGGCUAAACAAGUCUCAGAAAACCGUAUAAGGCAGUAAUUUCCAUCUUCUGCAUUGCUUUUUUUGUUGUAAUUCCCCCCAUUUUUCUAUUGUGCUAUUAUGUGUAGAUUACUUGUCCUUAUCUUUAGCAGAUUACAUUGGGUUAACAAAAAUCAUACUCACUUUUCCAGUGGCUAGUACUGUAUGUUUUGAUAAGAAUAUAUAGUACACACAUUUUAUACUGUAAAGCAAACAAAUAUAGUAAUCUAAAUUAAUUGAUUUUAAAUUAUAUAUCUAUAAAUCCCAUGAAACUCUCAAAAUUCUUUCAUAAACCCCUAUUUAACUUAUAAGGGCUUGGCCACCAGUAUUUGCAUUAUGCCAUUGCUAAGCGAUGUGUAUUGUAAUGAUGUUAUGGAUAAAAGUUCCCUCCACUAAAUAAAAUAGGCAUCAUUAAAGCUAUGGGCAAUGAUGUUUGGUGAUGUUUGAGGGUGUUAUAAUUAUCUGGACUGCUUGGUGGUUGCAAAAAGGUGCAAGUGAUCUGUGGUGAAGUAUAAAAUACAUAUCAUUGCAUGAAUAUGAUGAAACUAGCAGUUAUGUUAGUCUAUAAAAAAUCAGAAUUUGAAUGGUGUUUCUUCAGUACUUUUUUAUAUUGAUUUUUGAAUGAAGAUUAGAGCUGUCUACAAAGAUCACUUGUGGGGGAAAUAUAGUAUAUACUAGAUCAGCUCUCUAUAAACUUGAAUCCCUUUUCAGUGCUGAAGCAAUUAAUUUACUCUCCUAUAUGGCAGGAAAUGUGUGAUCCAACAUGGCCUUAAGAGAGGACUUUAGGGUUUUCUAAAUAUUUCAAAAGAAAAGGGGAAAGCCAAUCAGGAAAGAUAUAUCACCUAUGCUUAUUUUAAAGUUAACAAUUCAUAGCAGAAACAGGUACUGGGUGAUGUCAACAUAUCUUAAGCUUCUUGAGGGGAGAGCAAGAUUUCACCCUUGGUUACGUACUGGGUAAUGGAUAUUUUGCACACAAAGGGAGUGCCUUCAGGCUUAUUUUUGUAAUGCAGGAUAACAUCAGUGUAAAUGAUCUGUAUGCAUUACCUUUUGUAUUCACAUGAUUGUGAAACUGAGCUUUGAAACAAGACUCAGGUCAUGUAUGCAAAUGCAAAUGUUAUUUUUAUUAAAGACCUGGAAUACCUUU